UUCCUCAUAUACGGCGUCGUUGACUUCGUCUGUUGUGGACUAUCCGACUGAGUAUGGCCGGCGAUAUCACGCGUUCCGAGCCGGAGCAUACAAUUUCCCCAAUGAUGAGGCAGAAAUGGAGCGACUAGACAUGGUUCACACCUUGAUGGUAAAGACAAUCGGAAACAGGCUGUUCCUGGCACCUAUCGACGAGGCUAAAACUCACCGUAUACUUGAUGUUGGGACGGGGACAGGUAUAUGGUCCAUGGAGAUGGGCGACUUGUUUCCCAAAGCGGAGAUCCUCGGCAACGACCUCAGUGCUAUCCAGCCAGACUGGGUUCCACCAAAUGUCAAGUUUGAAAUUGAUGAUGUUGAGAGUGAAUGGGUCAACGAUCAGAAGUAUGACUUCAUUUUCAGCCGAUACCUAAGUGGGUCUUUGGCAGACUGGCCGACUUAUGUGAGGCGUGUCUAUGAGAAUCUAAGUCCUGGAGGCUGGGCUGAGUUCCAGGACUGGAGCUUCCAGAUGACCUCAGAUGACGGCUCCCUUGAGGGCACUGACCUGCAGCGAUGGGUGAACCUCUUCAUGGAUGCGUCUAGGGCUUUUGGUCGGGAUGCCCAAGUUGGGCCGAAGCUGGAGGGGUUAGUGCGUGACAAUACUGGCUUGAUCAACAUUCACCAUCUGCCCUACAAAAUCCCAGCCGGACCAUGGGCAAAGGACCCUUACUUGAAGGACAUUGGGAUGUGCAACCUAAUCCAGAUAUUGGACGGCUUGGAGGGGUUUUCUAUGAAGUUGCUUUGCGGAGCUCUUGGUUGGACGAAAGAGGAGGUGAUUUUGCUCCUGGCCGGAGUUCGCAAUGACUUGAAAAGUGGCAAAGUGCAUGGAUGGUACCAUUACAAUGUGGUCUACGGCCAAAAGCCUGAGGAGGAGUGAAGACACGAGGGCUGGGCUUCGGAAAUUGUACGAAUGAUGCUUUCUGAUUCCAGUUAAAUGCGCAGAUUAUCUUUCAGCUC